ACCAGGCUUAAAUAUACCAAAAUUUUCUCCAUCAUCGUCUUCAUCAUGACCGUGAGGGAUAUCAAGAUGGGGGAUAAGGGAACGUUAUCCAAAGGACGUCAAGAGAGAUUUAUUCUUAUUUUGUGUGUUUCUCUGUGGCCCAUGACUGAGGCCAUUCAUCCAGACUGCGCCAUCAUUGCUCAGCACCUGAGGGCCCGCGAGACUUGCAGGCUAGCAAGGACGAGGGAAGUUCAAAACCAGACGGAGCACAGCGGGUGUAAAACGGAAUGGGACGAGAUCGGAUGCUGGCUGAGAGCCGAUGCGGGUCAGGUGGUCAAUGUGUCGUGCUCCGACGUCUUUCAGCAUUUCUCUAGUAGCCAAGGUUAUGUUUACAGGAAUUGUACAGCAGACGGUUGGUCAGACAUUUAUCCGCCCUAUGAGGACGUCUGUGCUUUCAGUGACGACAGUGAGCCGGAAUCAGAGACCAGUUACCUCUACACCUUCAGACAAGUCUACACUGUAGGCUAUGCCACCUCCCUCAUUUCCCUCAUCACAGCCAUUGUGGUGUUCACAGCAUUCAGGAAGUUCCGCUGCACCAGGAACUACAUCCACAUCAACCUGUUCUCCUCUUUCAUCCUGAGAGCCAGUGCUGUCUUCAUCAAAGACACGGUGCUGUUUGCUGAUGAGACACUGGACCACUGUUCCAUGUCCACCAUGGCGUGCAAAUCUGCCGUGGCCUUCUUCCAGUUCAGCAUCCUGGCCAAUUACUUCUGGCUGCUGGUGGAGGGGAUGUAUCUGCAGACCCUCCUGGCUCUGACCUUUGUCUCCCAGAGGAAAUACUUUUGGUGGUACAUCUUGAUUGGAUGGGGGCUGCCAUCAGCUAUUCUCAUACUUUGGGUCCUGACCAGAUUCUUCUAUGAUAACAGAGGUUGCUGGGAUGACACAGACCAUGUAGGGAUAUGGUGGAUUAUUAAAGGCCCAAUAACAGCUUCGUUGUUGCUCAACAUUGUCAUCUUCGUCAACGUGAUCCGCAUUCUGGUCCAGAAACUAAAAUCUUCAGCCAUGUCAGGCAACAGUGACACAGGACAUUUUGUAAGGCUGGCUAAAUCCACCCUCUUUCUCAUCCCUUUGUUUGGGAUGCACUAUACGGUUUUCGCCUUCUUGCCCGAAAACACGGGAGUAGCAGCUCGACUCUACAUUGAGCUUGGCCUGGGAUCUUUUCAGGGUUUCGUGGUGGCUCUGCUUUACUGUUUCAUGAAUGGAGAUGUAGGUCCAAACGGAGCUGCGACGGUGGCUGUGGAAGUGUCACAAUCAAAGUCAUCGCACUCCCGUCAAGCGAAGUAUGGCUCAGAUCACUAUUCGAGGCCACGAGGGGCUGCAGCAGCCUCCUUCCACUGGCAACAUCUCCUCAGUAUGAGGCAAUGUUCUUUGUGAACACUAAAUGGACCUAUUGGACUUAAAACAGCUGCUACAUACAGUAGAAAGCCACACACGUGUGCGUUGGAUAUUACUGCUGACGCUGUGGAGUUGUAUCAGAAAUGGGAAAGACAACACAGCAGUGACUGGUUAAUUGACUUAUUACUGCACUGAGCCGUUCAAAAACCUCCUGUCCAAAUUAUGUAUAUUUAACACAGUUUGCACUAUACAAGAGCGUUAAAAAUAAAAUGUAAAGCUAGAUUGAGUAUUUGAAUGACAUGAUGACAGUAGUGUCACGCCCUGGAUGUUUGUCUGCGUGAAAGCUUGCUAAUUUUGCCUUUUUAUGCCUUAGUUCAGGGGUCACCAACCCAUCGAUCGCAAGCUACUGGUCAAUCUUUGGGACUUUGCUGGUCAAUCGUGAGAAUAUUAGAAAAAAAUGUAUUACUACAUCAUUGCCCUCCCCUCCCGGAGAGCGACCAACAGGCAUGCAUUUGGACCACUGAACACGCCCAUAGGGCUCGUCGGCCCCCAGGCACAGAACCUGAAAGCUCCAGCCAGGAGCACAGUUCCCAAAACCCGACCAGAGGUAUCAGCGCACGUACAGUGGAUCGCCUCGCCACGAGCUUAAGCAAGUGAGAGAGAGUGAGUGACAACGAUGUGCACGAGUACACAGCAGUAGUUAUUGCAUGUUAAUAUGGCUCCAGAUCUGCCGUUGCUACCUCAAAAUGAUGUUACCUUGUUAUACACAAGGUGGCAGAACUCGUCAUUAGACCGGUACUGCUGCGCUGUUGUCAUCAUUGUCGGUCAACAUAUUACUCAGAACGAGACAGAAGCCGAGCAUAAGCGGUACAAACCGUUUACUCUCCACUGAAUAAGCAACAACUACUUAGCACAUUUGCGCACAACAAUCACAUGACCUGGACACAGACGUGCAACUUGGUGACUCAUGCAAAUUAAUAGAAACUCACCAAAAACACAAUCCAACGACUCCAAAACACCUGUGGACAAGUUACCUGCACAUUCACCACGCUAUGAAAUGACAAACAUUACAAGUUUUUUAAAAAAUAUUAUUUUUGUUGUGACUUUUUUGAGCCACUGAUUAAGCCAGUGAUUGCAUUUACUUACAUUUUGCUUUGUUUUCGAAAAUAUCCUAAUGAGGAGAAGCGGCAUAGGAAAUUAAUGGAUGGAUUUAUGGUCUUGUGACAUGAGUCGCUGGAUUAGCCACUGCAUUAAGAGCUGCAUUUUAUUUAUCUAUUUUAAAUACAUAUUUCACUCCAUGUUCUAUUAUAUUGUUUAAAAAUGACUGUUCAACAGAAAAGUUUUUUCUUCUUUUCAAUAAUAUGCUUGGGAAUAUUUCAAAAUAACACAUUUUAGAGCUUAUACUGUGAUAUUUUUGCCCAAGUUUAUCAUACCGUCAGAAUCUCAUAUCGGCCCAUGCGUAAUCUACAGUAUGUACUACUUGUAUACAGUAUGUGUAUGUAUGUAUUUAUCUGUGCAUAUACACAACAACCUCAGUUAGUGUACGACCCAGUUAGUGUAUUUUUCGGUUUACGUUGAAAAUUUACCCAAAAAUUUUGCCUCAUUAGUAAUACACUGCGUGCUAUACAUAUGUAGCAGCGUGCUAACAUGGAAACGAGAACCGGAAGUCAUUGUCCCCCAGCUAUGUCGCCCGUCUAUGAUGUCAUGGUUGACUCUGUAGUUCUUUCAUGUCAAAUUUGUCUAUUGCGAUGGGUCUUUGUUUUUAUAAUAUAACUAGGGCUUCAGCUAUCAAAUGUUUUAGUAAUUGUGUAUUCUACUGAAAAUUAUUUCAAUUAAUCGAGUACCGUAUUUUCACGACUAUAAGGCGCACCGUAUUAAAAGGCUCAGUCUCAGUUACGGGUGCUAUUUCUGUAUUUAACACAUACAUAAGGCGCACCGUUUUAUUGGGCGCAGGCAUGGUAAAACAUGCUAGCUUAAAACAUACACUAACAUGCAUGCACGCUAAAAAAGGCAGUGGGAGCAAAACUGAGUUCGGUUGUACUUUAUUGAAGUAUUUAACAAUGUACUCACAUUAUUUUUGAUCAAUCCUCAUUCACAAAUCUAUCAAAGUCCUCAUCUUCUGUAUCCGAAAUGAACAGCGGGGCAAGUUCUCCAUCCAACACGCCAGGUUCUCUGUUGUCAUUGUCACGAGUCAGUCUUGUUGCCGUGAGGCUCCUCAGAAAUGAUGCCGGCUUUUGUGAAAACUCGAACAGUGUAAGCAGACACGUUAGCCCAAGCAUCCACAAAUAGUGGCGUAACUCGUCCAGUCUCCCAGUCUUAGUAAAGCUGUGUUCACCAUCUGUUAUCAAUCGCUCCCACGCUGCUCGCAACUUCACUCUGAACGCCCUGUUUACACCGAUGUCCAGUGGUUGGAGUUCCUCCCGGAAUGAUGGCAAGCUCUGAGUUCAUUUGCUGCACUUAUUUUUUUCACAGCGGCUGUGAGAUGGGUGCGCAUGGAGUCACAGAUCAACACGGAGGAUGACGCGAGGAAAAAAACAUCCGGUCUCUUUACGUACACCUCACUCAGCCAUUUUCUCCUCGUCCUUCUAGCCCUUUUGAUUGGUCUUAACGGUGACUCCGGCUGGAAACUUUUCUUUAGGCAGCAUCUUCCUCUUAAAAAUCACCAUAGGUGGCAGUUUCUAUCCAUUACCAUGGCAACCAAGCACAACAGUAAAAGCCGACUUCUCGUGUCCCGUUGUGUGUAUCACUACCGUGCUGGUCCCCUUCUUCUCCACAGUGUGGUUCACUGGGAUGUCGAAAGUGAGCGGCACCUCGUCCAUGUUGGUGAUGUGGUUGGGCUGGAUGUGUUUGUCUGCAAUUUUUACUGCAGUAGGAGCGGAAGAUGGCCAGCUUUUCCUUGUAAUUCGCCGGAAGUUGCUGAGCCACGGUAGUCCUUUCCCGGAUGGAUAGAUGGCAGCGUUUCAUAAAAUAUACCUAUAUAUCUACUUGGGGCGUGCCUUUAGCGUCCUCUGUCAGCCGUUCCUCUAUAUAAGCAGUGUUGGCAGGAAAUGCUGCCAGUCAGUCAAGCAGAGCGCUCAUCAAUGUCACACAACAACAUUUAGAGAUUUUGGAACUCGGUGCACACAUAAGGCAUUAUAAAGCGCCCCGUCCAUUUUGGAGAAAAUAUAAGACUUUUACAUGCGCCUUAUGGUCGUGAAAAUACGGUAAUCGAAAAAAACAUUUUUGCUUGGUUAAAGAGCAAAAUACACAAGAGAAAAUAAAACAUAGCUUUGUGUUAUUAUUGGUUGUCAGCGUCAACAUUUCAGCUUUUUCUUAUCAGGCCUUUUGCUCUAUUUUUACCAUUUUUUUAAAUUGUAUUUAAUUUAGAGAGGCCAGAAAACAUAUAUCAAUAUCUCAUAUUGUCAAAAAGUUUACCGGUAAACACGUUUCAAUAAGUCACAUUUCUGUUCAAUAUGAAAAUAAAGACCAUUUGUAUUUCUGUUCGUAUCGACUCAAUAGCAUUGCAAUCAUAUUACGUAGCAUUCAUUGUACACAGUGUACUGUAUGUUCUGGAACUGGUUAGCAAAUAUUAAAUAUACAACAAACACAGACAAUGAUCAAAAAACAUGACAGCCGAAAUCAAGGUAACAACAACAAUUUGAGCCAAUGACAAAACUUUUCGAUUAGUCACGCAGUAGUAAAUUAACAACAAAGUAAAUAAUAAAAAAACAAAUUUCCAUAAUGGAGUUCAUGGCACGAUCGGCGCUAACCAACAAAUAACUGCUCCACGUACCCUACACACAUAGCGUCUUAAAAUAUGAUGGGUGGCGAGUGUGAAAGGUGUGUAUGUAUCAUACCGCAGAGUUGUUUUUAUCGAUAAUUCAUAUCAAAAAGGGGGAGGCGUGGUCGUCAGCCGCCAGCCACAACAGAAGCCGGCGAUUGCUCACACCUGCUGGCAUAUUUGCAGCACAGCUGCGACAACGAAUCAAGAAGGAAGUUCACGUCAGCUGACCGGAUCAUGUGACUUUUCGUGGUUAACGCCUACCGUGACGUAUAAUACAUUAAUCUCACUGAUUUUAUUGUUAUCUUGUCUCGGAUCUUCCGCUCGGUUCAGGAGGAGAUGAUGCAACAUAUACAGGUACUACCCAAAAAAUUAGAAUAUCAAGUAAAAGUUGUUUUAUUUUGGCAAUUUAACAGAAAAGAUGAAACCAACUAAUUUUAUUGAGCCGUUACAUGCAAAUUGACAUUUCUCAAGCAGUUCGUUGUUGUAACUUUGCUGAUUAAGAUUUUCAUCUUCUUAAAACCACAAACCCACAAACUCAGAAAAUUAGAAUACUGUGAAAAGCUUCAGUUUUGUAGGUUCAAAGAGUCAAAUUCUAAUCAGGCAAGUAAUCCAAAACACCUGCAAAAGGGUCUUAAGCCUUUCAAAAGUCUGUCUUAGGUUGGCUCCGAAGAGUUCAGACAUGGGGAAGACUGCUGAUCUGACAGUUGUGCAGAAAACUCUCACUGACUUGAAAGUCAAUGAAAAUUGAAAGUGGACAGUCAAGUGGAAGGAAGAAGUGUGGUAGAAAACGGUGUACAAGCAGGAGAGAUGACCGCAGGCUGGAGAGGGUGGUCAGGAAAGGGCCAUUCAAAAAUGGGGGAACUUCAUAAGGAGUGAACCGAUGCUGGAGUUGUUGCUUCAAGAGAAACAACACGCAGGCGGAUGCUGGACAUGGGCUUCAAAUGUCGAAUUCCUGUUGUCUAACCUCUCCUCAAUAGUAAUCAAUGCCAGAGGCACCUUCCGUGGGCAGUGGAAAAGAAGGACUGGUCUGUUGCCCAGUGGGUAAAAGUCCUCUUUUCUGAUUAGAGCAAGUUGUGCACCUCAUUUGGCAACAAAGGUCCCAGAGUCUGGAGGAAGACUGGAGAAGAGCACGAUAGAAGAUGCAUGAAGUCCAGUGUUAGGUUUCCCCAGUCUUUGAUGACUUGGGCAUCCAUGUCAGCUGCUGGUGUUGGUACUCUGUGCUUCAUGAAGUCAAACAUAACCGCAGCCGUCUACCAGGACAUUUAGAGCACUUCAUGCUUGCUUCAGUAGAACAGCUUUAUGGAGAUGCAGACUUCAUCUUCCAGCAGGACUUGGCACCUGCUCACAGUGGUAAAAGUACAAAGUCCUGGUUCAACGACCAUGGGAUUACCAUGUUUGAUUGGCCUGCAAACUCACCUGAUUUGAACCCCAUAGAAAAUCUGUGGGUCAUUGUCAAGAGAAAACUGUACGGGAAGAGACCAAACAAUAAAGAACAGCUAAAGCCACAAUUGAAGCAUGCUGGUCUUCCAUAAUCCCUGAGAUAUGCCACAAACUGAUAGCAUCCAUGCCAUGCCGGAUGAAGGCAGUUAUUCGGGCAAAAGGGGCCUCAACCAAGUACUAAAUACAGGUGCAAGAGUUUAGCUUUGGAGGCCUCACAUUUUUGUAUUUAAAACCCUUUUUUACAUUGACUUUAUGUAAUAUUCUAAUUUUGUGAGUUUUUGAAUUUGAGUUUUUUUAAGCUGCAAGACCUGAUCAGCAAAAUCCAUAGAAAUAAAAACUUGAAAUAUAUUGAUUUGCAUAUUAUUUGUUUAUAUAAUAUGUCAAAUUCACCUUUUAAGUUGAACUGCAGAAAUACAACAACCUUUUCAAGAUAUUCUAAUUUUCUGAGUAGUGCCUGUAUGGUGUGCAGUUGUGGUAUGUAACUGCCGCGUUACAGCGUAUAUACGUCACAGUGUUCAACUUGCUGUUUAGCCACAUUUUCUGUCUGUUUUUUACAUUUUGUUUUCCAUCUCCAUCGCCUUCAAACUUCCUUUUCCUUCUUCGUUAUCUGCGUGGGUAACGUAAGCGAUUCCUCGAGGCACCAUAGUUACCUAAUGUUUUGUCCUUUUGUAUUGCAAACAUACUUUGUUAAAUAAAGAAUAAAAAAAAACUGCAUAAAGGUUUUGUGCCAGAGGGGAGGAGCUGUCAUGUGAUUUUAAUUAGCCCUGUGACUAGUUAACUGCCCCUGCUGCAACACAAAUCUGAUUAUAUGAAAAAUUAAAUACAAAACUUCAACUACGACUACUU